GAGCUGUUGCAGCAGCAGAUAAUGAAGAGGUGUGUGUGCGUGUACAGUAGGGGGGACUCUAACUCUGCUUAUUUUGCGAUCGAGUCAGGCCCCCCUGGCCCUCCAGACACAGUGGCAGUGGAUGAGGUGACGGACAGCACAGCCCAGCUCUCCUGGAGCCCCGGCAGGGAUAACGGCAGCCCCAUCACCAGCUACCUCAUCCAGACCAGGACCCCCUUCACUGUUGGCUGGCAGAGGGUGGACACAGGUAGGCCUGGACAUUGAUCUAGAAAUCAUUGUGUUACUGGAGACUUCUUGUUUAUCUGUGCAGAAUUGACUGAUAGAUCAUACAUUUCAUCAGGGAUGGAAAUUAAGCUAGCCCACUAGCCCGUGGCUAGUUCUUUUCAGACUGGGAUAGCAGAAAAUGUGCCCAACUAGCAUGCCCAAUAGUGAAAUUCUGUCUUUUCAAAUAUCGCUUCGCACAGAUUUUGGAACCGGGCUAGUAAAAAUUGCGGUCUUCUAGGCCGGCUGGCCAGUUCCCAAAAUCCAUAAGUGUCAUCACUGCAUUUGAUAAUGAACAUGUGAAAGAAUAUUUACUGUUGAGCCACAACAACAGAUAAUAUAGAUGCCCUAUCCUCGGAUUAAAGGGAACCGUGUAUAUAUAUUUUUACCUUAAGGGACUUUCCUAUUGAAAUUAAGGUUUAUCUACGUUGAUGUGAUGCCUGAUCUUAGCCUUAUUUCCCUUUGUCCCUAGUUCCUGAGGUAAUUGAUGGCAACACACUGACGGCCACGGUGGUGGAUCUCAAUGCCUGGGUGGAGUACGAGUUUCGAGUUGUGGCAAAGAACAGCGUGGGAGUGGGUGAGCCCAGUCCCACCUCCCUCCAGACACGGACAGAGGAUGCAGGUGAG